UCCGCCAGGCUGCCCCUGGCAACCAGGCCAGAACCUGUGCUGAGUUCUCUGCAGAGGGCCUCAGGGCCAGGAUCCUGGAGCUGGGAGCAGGAGGCCCGAGACAUGAACAAAAUCUUCCCCCAGGGAGACAGCGAUGACAAUGCUGCUGGAACCAAAGCCCUCCCCCGAGGGGAAGGCUGCGGCCCCCUCUGCGGCUCACGCCAGGGCGCCUGCCUCUCAGCCUUCUUGCUGCUCCUGCUGGUCACUCUCGCUGCCCUCAUCGCCCUGGUCUCCAUCCUGGGAUUCCCACAACACACACCAGGGGCCCAGACCUGUGUAACGCUGACGAACAGGACGGGCUUCUUGUGCCAUGACCGGAGGAGCUGCAUCCCCGCCAGCAGGGUCUGUGAUGGCGUCCGCACCUGCGCCCACGGCGAGGAUGAGGACGAGGCCAUGUGCCGGGAUAUGCCCCAGAGCCUCCCCAGCUUCCUCGUGGCCCGCUGUGGAGACCCGUCUUUCUGGAUCUACUCAGACCAAAAGUGUGAUGGGACCAACAACUGUGGGGACUGCUCAGAUGAACUGAGCCCAGUGACGACGUGCCCACCCUGUGGCCCGGGCUGGUGGCGCUGCCCCUCGACUGUCUUCGGGUACUGUGGCUGCAUCCCCAGGAGCCUCUGCCGCGACCACACACAGCACUGCUCCGACUGGUCUGAUGAGUACUCCUGUCCUGGACCCUGAGGGGGCCCCCAGGCCGGAGGGGAGGCCGGUUGGAAAGGCACUGAUAGGCCUUCACAGGAGCAGCGAAUGCAAGAACACAAGGAUGGGAAGGAGGCUUCAAGGUCAUCUAGGGGAUCCGCGCACCAUUGUCUCUGAAUAAGAGUUGCCUCUCCUUGCUUUCAAGUUGUUUAGCCUCUCCUUGAAUGCCUCCAGGGACAGGGGCUUACGACCAAGUCAGAUCACUCCUAACCAAGAUGAAGGGGAUCCACUUUCCUGAUUUUAGGCAUGUCUCCGGGGCCACACAGAACAAAUCCGUUCUCUGCCCCAAGAGAGGCUUGCAGCUCCUGAUCCUAUCACCCCUUAGAAAAAAGAUAAAACCAAGCCAAGGAGUUCGGAUCUCAUAGAUGCCACAUAUAUGUGAAGUGGAUGCCACUUUCUGCUCCCUUGGGGACCCAAGACAGAUAUUGCUGGGGUCACAUGCAGCCUUAUAUUUUUCUCCACUCAGUGAUCCUAGCAGGCCUCGCUGGCUGAUCACGGGAGAUGGCACUCGAGGCAGGGUAUUGGCUAUCCUACCUACCCUUGGAAGCCAUCCCGAGGGCUCUGAGCUGGAGAAUAGAAGGUCAGGAGAAAGAGUAGCUUGAGGUGCUCCUCACUGCCCUUCUGUCUAUCCCAUUCUGCACGCUGCCACCUGUAACCAGUUGCCCAACCCAACAGCCCAGCUCUCCUGAAGAAGGGAUUGCAUUUUGGUCCUGGAAGCUGAGUGAAUGAACAGUUUCUCUGAUACUUUCCAGUUUCACAACAGCCAGACAGACAAGGAUAGGUAUCCCUGUUAAACAGAUGAGGAAACCGAGGCCUAGAGGAAGAAAUGACUUGCUCAGGUCAUCCAGCAAAGUCAGUGCCAGAACUGGAACCCAAGCACGGUCUCUGGCGUCCCACCUCUGAAGCCUUUCUGCUCCCAAUGGGAUUAUACCUUGGCCAGGGACAGAAUCUCCUUGGGGUACUUUAAAAAGGUAAUUUCGUGGGCAGCUGAGUGGGUUGAGCAUCUGACUCCUGGUUUCAACUCUGGUUUCAAUUU